AUGAAGACAUCCACCUCCAUCUCAGUCGCCUGUGCAACACUUGCAUGUGCUCAGCAUGCCACCACGUUUGUCAAUCCAGCGGUGCCGACGGGGCAGCCUCUCCCAGGGAACUACUCUGGAGGGCUGCGGCCCCAGGUCCACUACUCACCGCCGCAGGGCUUCAUGAAUGACCCCAACGGUAUGUUUGUCGACGCCAACGGCACCUACCACCUCUACUACCAGUACAACCCUACCGGCCUCGGGGCGGGGAACCAACACUGGGGCCAUGCGACGAGCAACGAUCUCUACCAUUGGGAGAACCAGCAGAUCGCCCUCUUCCCACCAGAGGAGAGCGUCUUUGUGUUUUCCGGGAGCGCCGUGGUGGAUGUAAACAACACGUCUGGUUUCUUCCCGGACCAGACCAACGGCGUCGUCGCCUUUUUCACCUUGGCUCGUUAUUAUCCCAACGCCGCUGGCCCACAAACUCAGAACAUUGCAUACUCGCUCGAUGGCGGCUACACGUUUGAGCUGUACGACGGCAACCCGGUAAUCGACAGCACAAGUACCCAUUUUCGAGAUCCCAAGGUCAUCUGGUAUGAAGACCACUGGGUCGCCGUCAUCGCCUAUUCCCAGGAGUUUGCCGUUGGCAUCUUCACGUCGCCCGAUCUGAAAAAAGAUUGGACCUUUGCAUCCAACUUUUCCUACCACGGCCUGCUCGGGACGCAGUACGAGUGUCCCAACCUCGUGAAGCUGCCAGUCAGAGACAGCGAAGGCGCUGUGACGGGCGAGGCUUAUGUCAUGACCGUCUCUGUACAGCCCGGCGCCCCGUUGGGCGGCUCCAUAACCGAGUACUUCCCGGGCGACUUUAACGGCACUCAUUUCAUCCCGUACGACUCGGCGACUAGGCUCACCGACUUUGCCAAGGACAACUACGCCGCCCAGUACUUCUACGGCGUGCCCGACGGGGAGGAUGCCAUCAGCAUCGGCUGGGCGUCCAACUGGCAAUACACGCAGCAAGUACCAACGGGCAAUCUCGAGGGCUGGCGAAGUGCCAUGACAGCCCCACGGGCCAACUACCUGCAGAAGGCGGCCCGCAUCGGCCAGACCAUGAUCAACAAGCUCAUCGACCCAGCACCGGUGCUCGCCGAGCGCCUCGAGGCCACAACCUUCGGCAACUCGUCCCUCACACUCGACUUCUCCCACAUCGCCUCCAACGCGCUCUACAUCGAAGCCAACGUAACCAACCUCAACACAACCCUCAUCACCAGCGACAGCACCCUCAACCUAACCUUCUCCUCCCCCUCCUCGGGCGAAGCCCUCCGCUCGGGCUUCUUCUUCGGCGGCGACAACCCCUUCUGGAUCGACCGCGGCCAGGUCCGCGGCUUCGACAACAUCUUCUUCACCGACAAGUUCAGCGCCGCCAACAUCCCCCACACCGACGAAAACAACGGCCUCGCCUCCUGGCGCAUGCAGGCGCUCUUCGACCGCUCCAUCUGCGAGUGGUUCGCCGACGGCGGCGUCCAGGCCGCCACCGUGCUCUUCUACCCCACGCAGCCGCUGACGGUUGUCUCGCUGGCCUCGCGCGCCCUGCCCCCGGGGGCGACGGUGAGUGUUGCAGUCUGGGCGCUGAAGAGUGCUUGGGCGGGGUAUGCGGAUGAGCAGGGGACGGUGGUGGGGAAUGUGUCGGCGGUUGUGGCGGGGGGUGGUGCUGGUGGUGCUGGCGCGAGGAGGGAUAUGAUCUAUGAGGGGUCUUUUACGGCCUGA